UCGUUUGAGUUUAAUAAUUACAAAAUAUGAGUAAGUUUAAAGCUAUAAUUAACAGUAAAUAUAUUCUCCAUGGGCCUGGCCCUGAACCUGCAGUUCCAUUAUCAAAAGAUACUGUAGGUCAAUUUAUCCACAAAAUACUUCUGAGUGCCCCUAAAAACGCUACAGCAAUGAUUGAUGCACUUACAAAUCAAUCUUUGAAAUACUCGGAGCUGCUUCAAAAAUCCAUAAACCUUGCACAAGCCUUGAGACACCAUGGAUACAACAAUCCGAAAACAGUUUUAGCUAUCCAAAGUGAAAACUCCGUCAACUAUUUUGUUCCCAUACUAGCCUCAUUGUUUAACAGCUCCAUUAUAGCCCCUUUGAGCCAUCUAUAUAAAUCUAAUGAGCUAAAGCAUGCAUUGCAAAUAAGUCAACCAAAGUUGUUAUUUUGUUCAGAAGAUUGCGCCCAAAAAAUUGCUGACCUAAAAGAUUUGAAGCUAGAGAAAAUUCUAGUAAUGAGUAAAACUUCUGGUUUAGCAAUGCAAAGUAUGGAUUCUUUUAUACAAGAAGCACUAAACGGCAAAGACCAAAACAUACACGAGUUCCAAUCAGAGUUUGGAAUUAGUAGCGAAUUGAUUGCUUUUAUUUUAUGUUCAAGUGGUACCACUGGGUUACCAAAAGGUGUCACCUUAUCACACCUAAAUGUAAUGACCCGUCUAGCACAGCAAAAAGAUCCUAGGUACUAUUCUCAAAACCCUGACCACAAAGUCCUAGGGCUACCACCAUUUUUUCAUGCCUAUGGACUUUCUUUUAUCCUUGGAUGUAUUGCCAAUCUUCAAACUAUUAUUUGUCUUAAAAAAUUUGAAGAAGAUCUUUACCUGAAAACUAUUGAGGAUUAUAAGAUCGACAUUGUACCAUUGAUACCACCAUUAGCCAACUUUUUAGCUCAAUCUGAUAAAGUUUUGAAGUACUACUUGAGCAGUGUUAGUGAUAUAAUUUGCGCAGCGGCACCUUUGAGUUUGGAGACAGAAAGGAACUUGAAAAUCAGGCUCAAUUGCAAAUAUUUACGUAAUUGUCUAGGAAUGACAGAAACUACAUCAGCAGUAACUUUUAUCCAGUUUGGAGAGGACAGAAAGGGUUCUUGUGGCAAACUAGUGCCAUUUGUAUCUGGAAAAGUCAUAGAUCCAUCUAGUUUGUUAGCUCUAGGACCAAAUAAGAUAGGAGAGCUUUGUUUUAAGGGUCCUUUGGUUAUGAGGGGUUACUAUAAGAAUCCUGAAGCUACUAAAAAUUCAUUUACUGAGGAUGGGUGGUUGAAAUCGGGAGAUUUGGGAUAUUAUGACGAAGAGGGAUUUUUCUAUGUUGUUGAUAGACUUAAAGAAGUUAUAAAAUAUAAGGGAUAUCAGGUUGCUCCAGCUGAAUUAGAGGCUAUUCUGAUCAACCAUCCGAAAAUUGCUGAUGCAGGAGUGGUAGGAGUUCCAGAUAAGGUAGCAGGAGAAGUUCCUUUGGCUUUUGUUGUUAGAAAAGCUGAAACCCAUGUUGGUGAAGAGGAAAUUAUAAAAUAUGUUGCAGAUAAAGUUUCUCCUCAAAAAAGACUCAGAGGGGGAGUGAUAUUUGUAGAAUCUAUUCCAAAAAACCCGAGCGGCAAAAUUCUCAGGAGAAAAUUGAGAAACGCACUUGAAACCCUUAAAUCUAAGUUGUGAAUUAUAAAACAGUUGAUCUUAUUAGUUUUAACCUGACAGAUUAGCUGAUUUAUUUUUUAUAAAUUUAAAAUCAUUUGCGAUUUUGAAUCCAUACGCGCACUCCGGAUUAUGCUAAUUUUCAAUUAGAAGUACUCGUUUUUGGGUCGUACGUCCCACCAUCAAAAUCUGUUAUUUGCGCGGAAACAAUAAAAAAAAUGCAAGGAAAUCUUUUAUGUGUAAGAAUUUGUACCUCUGCCAAAUUCUAUUAAAUUUUCUUGAGAAUAAAGACGAAACAAACUUGUUAGGACAAAUAUUGGAAAUCCAGAAUUUCAAUCGUCUUCAACCAGAUUUCAACGCUCACCAGUCCAAAAAAAUUGGAACUGCUCCAUGGUUUUAUAAUUAGUUUCUCAUUUACACUGUUGUAAUUAGUAAUAUCCUCAAAUAUAUCAGUGAUAGCAGCAUAUUAUGUCAAUCUCAACAAUACGAUCGGAUCAUGAACUCUGAAUCAUAAAUCGUCCAAAGGUACAAAAAAAAAACAUCGAAAGGAGACAGAUAAGAAAAAAGGAGAAUUAUUAUUGAACGCAAGGCAGGUGCCUGAGUACUUGAAAAAACAAAUUUCACUUCAAAGUUUAAAAAAAAGUCAGUCCCGAAAAACAAUGAAGUGUGGUAAUACAUAAUCUAAGGGUAAUACCUAAUGAUCCUGUGAGAAAAUGUAGUCGGUAAUAGAAUACUUGAUAUUCUGGCGAAGUUCCUCCUAAACUUUCUUCCUUAUUCUUUUAAAUUAUUUCACAGAUUUUCUGAUUUCUUGGCUUUGCCCAGCAAACUUCAAAUUUUUCAUCAUAAUCUUGUAUACCUACCUAUCACGAACUAUGGUGAUAAUGAGUUACUUGUACAGGGUGGCCCGUUUAAGUGGGGAUUAAAUUAAUGGAAUUAAUGGAAUUAACCUCAGAGGAAUAGGUAUAACACUAAAUUUCAAGAAACCUACACAUUAGCCCUUUGACAGUCAAUUCCAACGAUAUACUGGACAUGACAUGUGUAUGUGAUUUACCGUUUCGAUUCGAAACUUUCGAACUUAUUAGCGAUUAUUUGGGGUAAUUUUCAUCAGUCAUUGUUCAUUGUUACGCCGUUACUCAAAAACUUUUGAAACUUUUUUUGCAUGAUAUUUUUUAUAAAAAUGCUCUUCUUUGGACUAUGUAUAUUUUAAUUUGAAAUAUUUGUUUUUCUACUGACGUUUCAUAAUACGCCUAAAAUCUGUUUCAUAAUGAAGUCCAUUAUGAUACAGAUUUUCAUUAUGAUACAGAUUUUUCAGCCACUGGAAUCGAGUAUUUUGAACAUGAACAAUGUUUAUAUAAAAAUAACAGACUUGCUUUGGAAUUCUGGAUUGUUUCUAUUAGUAUUUACCAGAAGAAACAACAAAAAAUUAAUAAUAAUCAUAAUGAACUUCAUUAUGAUACAGAUUUUCAUUAUAAUACAGAUUUUUAAUAUUAUACAAUGUCGAUAGAUGGCACCACCAGUUAAGAUAUUAAACAUUUUAAACGGUAAUUUUGCGUAAAACAAUUAUUUUAAUAACUAUAAAAAAGGCUUUGAAUUGUUUAAAAGUUAUCUAAAGUUUGGGACAAAAAAUAAUUAUUAUGGAAAUAAUGAGUGAUAAGGAAGAAUUUUUACUUUUUUCAUUAUUAUACAUUGUCAAUUUUGCCAAUCAAGCCGUAUGAUUGUUUAUCCAUUUAUUUUUUAGAUCAGUGCAUUACAGAUCUAGUGCUAUGAAAGCUGCAUAUAUUAUAGUGAUUUCCAUUUACAGAACUAGUGCAAGUAAAUUAUCUUUAACCUUUUCCUAUUUUCGAUUUUUACAACCAACAUCGAUGAUAACAUCGAUAUUUUAAAAUUUUAACAUCGAUGUCGGAACAUCGAAAAAUCGGGUAUUAAACAUCGAUGUUUUUUAAUAAUCGAUGAACAUCGCACAUCCCUACUCUGCGCUACAGUACAGGAAGCUGUGGUACAGGCUUCGUAGCUUCUAUUGUCGGUGUUGGUUUGGUUUUCUUAGCAACUGCUGACCACAAAAAAGAUCAAGCUUGGGCUUAUGCCCGCCAGAUUCGCUCAGGUACUCUUAAAUACUUUUCAGCCCGAAGGGACGUGCUGGCUUGGGAUGGUAACAAUAUGCGUUAUUCUGGUGUUCCCUUUCCCUUCCCGUUCUGAUUUUCAGGGUGAAUAGUCGAGCUACGUAGCGGAGCAAGAGAGGCUUCGUGACAUUUGGUGGAGGCGCCGCUUUCCUGGAACACCUUGAUGACCUAGCCAAGGGAAACAGUUGUGGGAAACAGUCAGAACCACUCUGAACGACGGAAGGAAGGAAAAUCCCCUAUAACCUUUCCCUUAACCAAUCCAAACCCAACAACAAAUUCAAGCGCGCGAAAUUCAUUCCUUGUCGCCGAGUUCAAAGUAGGACCGUGAUAGACGACGUUACGGCAAAUAUUUCCGAGAUAACGGAAGGGUGUGAUCAAAUUGCAUGGAACGUGAAUAAUAAAUCCUAUGGGCUUUUGUGGAGGCAAAACUAAUACACCUAUCAUAUUUAAUAUAAAUUGAAAAGUAUAGUUAUAAUAAUAGUUUUAUAAUUUACAUUGUGCUUUUUAUUUAACAAAUAAGAAUGUGAAGAAUGAAAUGUGCCGAAACACAAAAAUAUAUUACGAAGAUAAUAAAAUGUACCUAUACAAAUACAGCAAAAUAGAUACUUGAGAUGUUUACACCAAAAAAAAGUGAGGUGGCGUAGUUACGAGGGUGGGAGAGCUGAUGUUUAUUACAUAAAGAACUUCCAGAAAAUCUAGAAAAAUAAUAAAAACGGAAAAUGUUAAUUUCACACAUUGGUGAGAUUGCUCAUGAAAACCUCGGACACAUUGAUUUUUGAUUUCAGUUGCCGUUUUUCUGAUGGUAAUAUCAUGUAUACAGGGUGAUCCAGAAACAAGUUGUGACAGC